AUGGAGAAGUAUGGUGUGAAACAUAGGGUGGAAACUCCUUAUCACCCUCAGACAAGUGGGCAAGUUGAUGCCUCAAACUGGGAGAUCAAGAGUAUUUUGGCCAAGAAGUACAAGACCCCGAUUGGGAAUCCACCUUUCGAGCUAGUUUUUGGCAAAGCUUGCCACCUACCCGUUAAACUGGAGCACAAGGCCAUGUGGGCGUUGAAGAUGCUAAACAUGGAUUGGGAAGAAGCAACUAAGCUCCGAUUUUUUCAACUCAAUGAAAUGGAUGAAUUCCGCUGUCAGGCCUAUGAAAGUGCAGCAGUGUAUAAAGAGAGGAUGAAGCAGUAUCAUGAUAAGAAAAUCCUCAAGCGAGACUUCCAAAAGGGUGAUCCGAUCUUGCUGUAUAAUUCUAGACUGAAGCUACUACCGAGCAAGUUGAAAUCAAAGUGGUUUGUUCUUUUCGAGGUGGUGAGUGCUUCACCCCAUGGGGCGAUUGAAUUGAAGUUUGGAGAUGGGACUCACACAUUUAAGGUGAACGGGCAAAGGGUGAAUCACUACCAUGGUUGCAUUGAUGGUGAUAAGAUCCUGGAUCGGCACAGAUUGAAGCAUGUUACACUCCUGACCCGGAGUAAAAACGGGUACCACCGUCGGGCCGCGACAUUAAAUCAAGCGCUUCUUGGGAGGCAACCCAAGUUCACUUCUCUAUUGUUUUUUAUUUUUGUAGCUUAG